AGUUACCUGUUUCUUAUUUGUUUAUUAUCAACUAAUUUCAUUUCGAUCAAUCCUCAUAACAGUUCACAGUCUCACGAUAAACCAACCGUUAUUCUUUACUUGAAUACAAGUUAUUAAAUAUUAAUUAAACAGUGCCUAAAAGUUGGAUCCUGUGAAUAAAUUGUGUUCACCAAUUGAUUUAUAUUAAUCAAAGAAAAAAAAGAUUAUCCCGCUGCAUCGAUUUAGUUCAUCAAAUUAUCAUACAAACAGUAUAAGAAAAGUUGGUGCAGUUUUGAUAUUGAGAGAAUAAAAAAGAGUGAAGUAGAAAUGUCUGAUGGCACUCUAACUGGGACUUCCACAACCGGAGAAUCACAAGAACUUGAUUUUGAAAUACUAGAAGUUCCUGUCGAAUCUCCCAAUGUCACUGCAACUGAACCUUUCACAGCUGAAGGACCAGAAGAACCCUUUGCAUCGGAGAGAUCGACAGAAGAAAAUGAACAAAUGUCACAUAUCUGAGGUUGAUCUGACGGAUGAAUCAGGAAAUCAUGUGACAGCUGCUAUUAUAGCAGUCAUUCCUGAUGACAGGAGCAACACAGAUGGCUUAGCCUCAGUUGAUCUAACAUCUCUACAAGAUCAAACACAUUGUUUUCAUGCAUCAGAUGGAAGUGAAAUUUCAAUGGAUACGAUUGAAAACCGAAAUUCAGUUAAUGAUGAAUUAGCUGAAACAGACGACAGUACUAUACUCAACAAUAGCACUCAAAAAGUUGAUUCAAUUUGAAUUCAACUAUUUUCAAUACCACUACAGCUAAUAGUGUUUAUAAAAAGGAGAAAAGAAGCAACUCUAAAAACAGCACUAAUAUUGCUUUAUUUCAAGACCUAUUGGACGCUUUACAAAAGAAAGAAGCCGAAAAAGAAGAAAAGAAGCAACAAAUAUUAUUAAAUAAAAAAGGAAGAGAAAAAGCCAGGGUUCUGAAAGUGAAAGAAUUAAAAAAAUAAAACUCGAGAUUCAGUCAUUGAAAAAAUUAAUGAAAUUGAAAGAGCACAAAGAAAAUGAGGCUGAAUUCAUGGAGCAGCUGAAGAAAUUAAGUAGUCAAUUAAAUGAAAUCAAGAAUUAUAAUAUUGCUCAAGAUAUGCAAUUGUUACAGACAAAAAUGAAAAUAAAACAAAAGAAACUGUAAAAGAA